CAGGGUCCCGCCCCGUCCCCGCGGGUCUGAGCCCGGAGGCCCCGCCCCCCGCCCACGAGGAAGUGGCUGCGCGGCGCGGGGCCCAGAGCCGGUUCGGCGCGUCGACUGCCCAGAGUCCGCGGCCGCGGCGCCCCGAGGAGCCAAGCAGCCAUGGCCUAUCACAGCUUCCUGGUGGAGCCCAUCAGCUGCCACGCCUGGAACAAAGACCGCACCCAGAUCGCCAUCUGCCCCAACAAUCACGAGGUGCACAUCUACGAGAAGAGCGGGAACAAGUGGGUCCAGGUGCAUGAGCUCAAGGAGCACAACGGGCAGGUGACAGGCAUCGACUGGGCCCCCGAGAGUAACCGCAUCGUGACCUGCGGCACGGACCGCAACGCCUAUGUGUGGACGCUGAAGGGCCGCACGUGGAAGCCCACGCUGGUCAUCCUGCGCAUCAACCGUGCUGCCCGCUGUGUGCGCUGGGCCCCCCAGGAGAACAAGUUUGCUGUGGGCAGUGGCUCCCGUGUCAUCUCCAUCUGCUAUUUUGAGCAGGAAAACGACUGGUGGGUGUGUAAGCACAUCAAGAAGCCCAUUCGCUCCACCGUUCUCAGCCUGGACUGGCAUCCCAACAACGUGCUCCUGGCCGCUGGCUCCUGCGACUUCAAGUGCCGGAUCUUCUCAGCCUACAUCAAGGAGGUGGAGGAGCGGCCAGCACCCACGCCAUGGGGCUCCAAGAUGCCCUUCGGGGAGCUGAUGUUUGAGUCCAGCAGCAGCUGCGGCUGGGUGCACGGCGUCUGCUUUUCAGCCAGUGGCAGCCGUGUGGCCUGGGUCAGCCACGACAGCACCGUGUGCCUGGCUGAUGCCGAUAAGAAGAUGGCCGUGGCGACUCUGGCCUCUGAAACGCUGCCGCUGCUGGCCCUGACCUUCAUCACAGAAAACAGCCUGGUGGCAGCGGGCCACGACUGCUUCCCGGUGCUUUUCACCUACGACGGCGCCGCAGGGACGCUGAGCUUCGGUGGGCGGCUGGACGUGCCCAAGCAAAGCUCACAGCGCGGCCUGACGGCCCGCGAGCGCUUCCAGAACCUCGACAAGAAGGCGAGCUCGGAGGGCAGCGCGGCGGCGGGCGCGGGCCUGGACUCGCUGCACAAGAACAGCGUCAGCCAGAUCUCAGUGCUCAGUGGGGGAAAGGCCAAGUGCUUGCAGUUCUGCACUACGGGCAUGGACGGCGGCAUGAGCAUCUGGGACGUGAAGAGCUUGGAGUCAGCCUUGAAGGAUCUCAAGAUUAAAUAACCCAUGAGGAGUCUGUUGCCCUCAUCCCAGCUGCUGAGGGAAGGGGUUCGGGGAAGCUAAGGAUUGCUCUGCUGCAUGUUUCUAGGAUACCAGUUCAGGUCCCCACAGGGGCUGCUCCCUCAGGUGGGGAGGGGAGGGGUGGGAUGGGGUGGGAGGCUUUUCUUACCUACUGAAAGAAUGCCUUUUUCUUAAAGAAAUGCUUUCAUUUAUUGUAAAAAAUGUCCCCAAAGCACUCUGCUGGUCAUGAACUGCUUCAAAAUGUGGAGGUAAUAAAAAUGCGUUUGUAGACACACGGGCCUGUGUGUCUGAAAGAA